CCUAUACAUAUAUUUAUCCCUCGACAGAGACGGAAAGUCAUCUCUCUCUGCUUCUUGAUUCUAUCAGGUGACUCUGCGGGACAAGAAGUGAUGGACUUCCGGUGGGGGAGGAGCCGGGGCGAGGAGGGCAUCGCCGUGGUGAUAAACUUCCUGCUGGCUAAUGCCCGAUUGGUCCUGGGAGUGGGAGGGGCCGCGGUGCUGGGCAUCGCUACGUUGGCUGUCAAGAGGUUGAUAGAACGUGCGGGCCGAGCGGCGGAGGACGAGAAGGUGGAACAGAAGAUGUCAGAGAGCUGGGAGGAGCUUGGCUUAGUCUCCGCCUCCCCCAAGUCCAUAAGGAAGGGGCUGGAGAGUGUGGUCAUGAAACACGUCGCCAAGGCAACCAAACCACAGAAAGCUGACCUGUGCCAGCCCCAGCAGCAGAAGUCUAGUCUGAAUGAGAGGCCUGUCAAGGCAUUAGAGCCCCAGAGACCCAAGAGCCUACAGCUGUCUCUCACCCUGCAGGACCGUCUCCAGCAGUAUUACUCAACCAGAGCAGCUUUAGCCCCAGAGGUCGUCCACAGAGCUCAGAGUCUCGCGUUAGAUAUCUGUAUAGAGGUACAAGGAUUCCUGCACAGCACAAACCCUGACAUGCCUCUGGGAGAGAUGUCACUGGGAGGGUCCCUGCUCGACGACCUACAGGUGGUGAGAGCGGACCAUGCGUGCCUGCUGGUUCCCCUCCAGCUAGAACCCAGUCUGUGGAGACUGAUCCCUGGGGAGGAGACUCUCCUAACACACCCUCUACACUGGAUGGUCCGACGGGUCAACCUGGAGUACUUCCCGAGAGGACGCAGCUACUGGGACCGGUUCCUAGUAGGAGGGUAUCUGUCCUGCCGGGCGCUGGUGAGAAUGCUCAGUAAGGCUGUGAUGGAAACCAUGAACUGGCCGUCUCUCUCCUCCACUCUGGACUGUCUGGUCAGGCCUGUCCUCGGGGGAGAUGAACUGAAACUAGAGAUACGACCAGAGCGAGGUGAUACUCUCUUCAUCUCCAUAGUGCCGGUGCUGAGGGAGGCAGACGUGGUCCUGACUGCCCAGGUAGAGUUAACCCAGCCCUGGGAUAGUGCCUGGCACCUCUCCCUCUACCCCUGGGAGACCCAGCGCCUGACCCAGCUUGACUCCGCUGACCAGGGGGUCCGACGCGCCCUCCUCAAAACCCUCAAAGCCGUCUGUCGACACUGUCCCGCCCUGCGACCCCUCACCGCUGCACCGCUGGCCAACCUCAUCCUCCACCUCAGCGACAAGGACGUGGAUUGGUCUGAGGGUUGUUUGAGUGGGCGGUUCCAGCAGUGUGUGUGGGAGCUGAUAGGCUAUCUGGAGCAGGGGGUGUUACCUAGCUACUUCAAGCCCAGUGUUAAUAUGUUGAACGGAGUGACGGAGGAAGAGGUCGAUGAGAUGGGGUUUAUGUUGUACUGCGCCGUCUCUGAACCAGACAUUCUGCUGAUAUAGAUAUAUAUAUAUACACUCUAACCUGGUGUAUAUAUCAGAGAGGAAGAGGACAUGUAUUAGAUAUGAGACACCACCCUGACAUCUAUAGAUCAUAUAGAUAUAUACAUAUAUACUCUAACCUGGUGUAUAUAUCAGAGAGGAAGAGGACAUGUAUUAGAUAUGAGACACCACCCUGACAUCUAUAGAUCAUAUAUAUAUAUAUAUAUAUAUAUAUAUAUAUAUCUAUAUAUAUAUAUAUAUAUAUAUAUAUAUACUCUAACCUGGUGUAUAUAUCAGAGAGGAAGAGGACAUGUAUUAGAUAUGAGACACCACCCUGACGUCUAUAGAUCAUAUAGAUAUAUAUAUAUAUACUCUAACCUGGUGUAUAUAUCAGAGAGGAAGAGGACAUGUAUUAGAUAUGAGACACCACCCUGACGUCUAUAGAUCAUAUAGAUAUAUAUAUAUAUAUAUAUACUCUAACCUGGUGUAUAUCUCAGAGAGGAAGAGGACAUGUAUUAGAUAUGAGACACCACCCUGACGUCUAUAGAUCAUAUAGAUAUAUAUAUAUAUACUCUAACCUGGUGUAUAUAUCAGAGAGGAAGAAGACAUGUAUUAGAUAUGAGACACCACCCUGACGUCUAUAGAUCAUAUAGAUAUAUAUAUAUAUAUAUAUACUCUAACCUGGUGUAUAUCUCAGAGAGGAAGAGGACAUGUAUUAGAUAUGAGACACCACCCUGACGUCUAUAGAUCAUAUAGAUAUAUAUAUAUAUAUAUACACUCUAACCUGGUGUAUAUAUCAGAGAGGAAGAGGACAUGUAUUAGAUAUGAGACACCACCCUGACGUCUAUAGAUCAUAUAGAUAUAUAUAUAUAUACUCUAACCUGGUGUAUAUAUCAGAGAGGAAGAGGACAUGUAUUAGAUAUGAGACACCACCCUGACGUCUAUAGAUCAUAUAGAUAUAUAUAUAUACUCUAACCUGGUGUAUAUAUCAGAGAGGAAGAGGACAUGUAUUAGAUAUGAGACACCACCCUGACGUCUAAAGAUCAUAUAGAUAUAUAUAUAUAUACUCUAACCUGGUGUAUAUAUCAGAGAGGAAGAGGACGUAUUAGAUAUGAGACACCACCCUGACGUCUAUAGAUCAUAUAGAUAUAUAUAUAUACUCUAACCUGGUGUAUAUAUCAGAGAGGGAGAGGACAUGUAUUAGAUAUGAGACACCACCCUGACGUCUAUAGAUCAUAUAGAUAUAUAUAUAUAUACUCUAACCUGGUGUAUAUAUCAGAGAGGAAGAGGACAUGUAUUAGAUAUGAGACACCACCCUGACGUCUAUAGAUCAUAUAGAUAUAUAUAUAUAUAUAUACUCUAACCUGGUGUAUAUAUCAGAGAGGAAGAGGACGUAUUAGAUAUGAGACACCACCCUGACGUCUAAAGAUCAUAUAGAUAUAUAUAUAUAUACUCUAACCUGGUGUAUAUAUCAGAGAGGAAGAGGACAUGUAUUAGAUAUGAGACACCACGUCUAUAGAUCAGUUGUGCCAUAUUACCGCUCCACUGAGACGUGGACGGGAGAUUGUUGUUCAGGCAGUCGUGCAUCUCCUUCACAUACACCUGUGGGGGCUGACUGACUAAACAGAGAUCCUUUAUACAUUGUGCAUGAGUACUAUGGUGUGGAUGAGUUGUUGGGGCUCUGACUGAGCAGCACAGAGACUCUGAUGACGUGAUGAUGAUGGACUGUGCCUUAGGGGAAGUAGAUGGGGGAAGGAAGAAAUGAAAAAGAAGACUCGGGCUGCGUUCUACACAGACACCCCAUUCUGAUCCUUUUGGGGGCAGAAUCAGGUUACCUGUGUUAAACGCAGCCUUAGUGACGGAGACGUGGCUUUCUCCUGCUGUGGACUAUAUAUCUAGAUCUAGUACAGCUCUGUCCAAAAGGCUGUUUCAGAAUGGCCUGCGCCAUUGAGGCUCCAACCCAUAGGAAUAUAUCUAGAUCUAGUACAGCUCUGUCCAAAAGGCUGUUUCAGAAUGGCCUGCGCCAUUGAGGCUCCAACCCAUAGGAAUAUAUCUAGAUCUAGUACAGCUCUGUCCAAAAGGCUGUUUCAGAAUGGCCUGCGCCAUUGAGGCUACAACCCAUAGGAAUCCCCCACCCUAGUUGACUACUUUAAAAUGGUGGAAGCUCUCAAUGAGCGCUACCCAUUCUAAAACUGCAUUUUUUUGGGGGGGGUCAUUGAAAGGCCUGGAUCAUUCUCUAUGGGCCGACUGGACGACACAAGAUAACAGAGUUAGCACCAGUUACCACAGCCACAAAGUGAUAAUUAUGUCUAAAAUCCCUCCGCCAAUUUCUCUUCUUAAAAUCAGAUUUUUAAACCUGUUUAAUGACGUCAUUAUAUGCACCUUCUACUGAAUAAAGUGCUCACCUUUUCUUUUCAUAAUGUUGUGUGUGUUUUGCGUUUGCUGCGGUUGUUUUUAAGUUGAAGAGUGAUUUAAAUAAAUGUUUUCUGCUGAA